AUGUUCUCCAACCCUACUACGACAGGAGCAGCCAGAGACCCGAACCCGGACGCGCAGCUGCAGGUGGGCACGCGGGUGAGCAUCAACGGCCAUGCGAUCACCUUCAGCUCGCUGCGCUGCGUCGACAUUCCGGCCAAGAGCGCCCGCGGGAGGCAGAAGGUGCAGGUGGCAUGGACGCGCCCACAUGACGAUGCUGAUUGCUCCAAGAUCCAGUUCUUCUCCAAGCCCGGGGCGAAGACGAUUGCCAAGGCAGCCAAGUCCGUCCGCUGCAUCAUAGAGGACAUCUGCAGGCACGCAGUGUGCCCCACCAACUUCUCAUGUGCUGCAACCACGGACCGCAGGGGAGUGGCGUGUGUCUGCGAGGGCGACACCCAAAGCACGGACGGCUCAUGCACGGUCGAUGAGGAGUAUUAUACUGCUCCUGAGCCCGCACCCUCACCAACAGACACAGUCGGAGGCCCCUGCAUUACGGGCGCCACUUCUGAAACACCUCAAUGCAAUGAUAGAAUCGUGUCCUCCCCCCACCACCCUUACCAGCCGAUGUGUGUGGCAACAGCACUCGCAACCCCUGCAAGUCAGGCUCCUGCAUCAGCGGUGGCCCCGGCUCCUACUCCUGUGUCUGCCCGCCCUUGCAUGUCCCAGACACCAGAACCAACGGAUACCCCACCUGUAAAUACCGGCGUGGACUGCUCUGCUGCCCUCACCCGGGGUCAAACACUGAACGUGACUGAAAGGGACGACCUGGCCUCAUGCUCUGUCUUCUACUUCAUUCAACCGGGCGACACAUGCGAGUCAGUGGCAGCCUCUCUCGGCCUCUCUUCCUCCUCCCUGCCGCUCCUCAACCCCGGCUCCGUCUGCUCCUCGCCCCUCAAUCCCUCCCGCUCCCUCUGCAUUGAGCGGGACGAUGGGAAGGUGGGGACUGGGGAGCAGCGUUGCAAUUCACUCUACUCGCUCAGUGAAUGCUGGCCGGGAGGCUCGUUGGCCCGAGAUAUGCACAAAGGCGACGCAACAUGA